AUGGCGGAAGUAGAAACAAACGACCUCUUCGCCAUCGACGUCGACCCAGAUAAUUACGCCGAGACCGCAGCUCACGAUAAUACAGCCACAGAAUCUCGGACAUUUCAAAGCGAAGAAACAUUCCAAGCACAGAAGGCUUCUUACUCUGCAAAGAUCGAUACAGGAGAUCAUUACUCUGAGCUCAUGAAGACCGUGCCCGCGUUGGCACCGUCGAAUGGCGAGCUGAGCAGAGGUGCUGAAAGUGCGAGUGUUGAAGAGCAAAACCUGAAAGAAGAAAAAUUCAAGCUCGGCAAGAGGGACGUCAUGUUACUUGGCUACGCUGUGGGAGAGAUGUAUUAUGAUGGAAAAUAUGCAGAGGUGGCCGAGCUGUGCGGUCGAGUGGAGGGGAGGUGUCUGGUGGACAAGAAGAUGGCGGAGAGUUUGAGGAGGUGGAGCGAGAGGUGUGAGGUGAGGAUGAGGGAGGGAGCAGAACUGAGAGAGAAAGACGCAUUGCCAGCACUGGCAGCACCAGCCAACAUCCUUCACCACUGCAAUAUCGUCGAGACAAACCGGUCCAUGACGGACGCCAUGGCCUGCCAACGCCUCGACACUUCCGACACUAUCUCCUCAGUCGUCAGCACUAUGCCAUCCCUCAAGCUCACCAGCAACAUCCUCUACGGCAUCUUCAUCUCCGAACGGUCAUUCCUCAUCGGCGUCCGCUGUCUCGUCAAACGAGAACACGUCCGCUUCCUCGUGCUUCGCAUCGCCGGUCGGAAACUUCCCGCUGAGCUCGCAGACGAGAUUGUCGACCAUCUGUACGCAUUGGAGAAAGCGGACAUUGUGGCGGAGUGGGAUAUAGGAAACUCGCCAGAAGAGAACUAUCAGAAGUUUCACUAUGGAGAAGCGCAGACCGAGGCGGAGAGGAGAGCGUUUGAGAAAAUGCACGACCUCAACGUCGACGCCGCCUGGAUCGCCAACAGUCGGCCUUCCCAAUCAUUCGCCGGUCCAUCGACAAUGCAACAGGACUGCCACUAUAUACAUCUCUCGGCUUUGAAGACUCGGCCAUCCCUCGCUCUACCGCCGAGAUGUCCGACUCGAUACCCCUCAGGAAUCUUAUACACCACCACCAAGGGCUCCCUGAGCGCAAAUGUGACCGCGAGUCCAUCGGAAGCCUCACUCCCUGCCGACGAGGUGGUGUAUACCCUGCCCAAGCGUCCGAAGCUCAACGAGAGAAUCGUAGCCAAGACGAAGGGAAAGGGAAAGACAAGGUCUGAGCCGAGGUCGGUGUGUAGACUGCUCUCCGUGGAGGGACUGGAGGCCGCGACGAGGGACUGGGAUGCGGCGGCGCUGGAGAAGUAUGUGGAACUGCUGGAGUUGUGCGUGAUUCGCACAGAGCGGGGAGCGGGUGGAGAAAGGAUGAAGCCGGGAAUUUUUGUGCUGCAGACGUGGGACGAGGGAUGA